UUAUCCCUGGCUGAUGGAUUAAUUUGGUGAUAAAUUAUCAUUGGCGUCACGUGCGGCGUUUAUGAACGAGUCAGUAUUGUUUGAAUUACUUAUUGAUUUUGGAGCCGACAUUACUGUGAGAACCAAAGAUAAUAAAACUUUGUUGAUGGUAGCUUUAGAAGAUGAAAGUUACCGUGUAGCAGAGGUCAUUGUCGAUAAAUUUUCACAUAAUUAUCCAGAAUUAAUGAAUGCUCGUGAUAAUCAAGGUAGAAAUGUAUUCGACUAUCUAUUUGAUGAUAAAGUCUGUAGAAAAUAUCGUUUUAGUGGCGAGCAGUUUGUCCAAAUAGAUGCUCUAGAUAAUGUUGUUUACAAAAUAUAUCAUUAUUAUUUAAAUAAUGAUUAUGAUGAACAAAUAAACAACGAUGAGCACACGCAACUGUGUAAUACUGCUGCUUACAGAGGUCUCGCUCAGGAACAAACAAAGAAAAUGCAGCUGACUAUCCGUGGACAGGAUACUUUCCUGGUAGAAUGCCAGGACAGCGAAUUAGUUUUUAAUCUCAAGGCUAAGAUCGCAGAAGCCCAAUCUUUCGAAGAUACAGAGUUUACUUUGAGUUGCAACGGGCAUUUAUUGGCUGAUGAUACUCCAGUGUCUCAUUUAGCUGGUCAUUUAGACCUUAAUGUUCCUCUUCUUGGAGGUAAGGUUCAUGGAUCUUUAGCUCGUGCUGGUAAAGUCAAGGGUCAAACCCCCAAGGUUGAGAAACAAGAAAAAUCAAAAAAGAAAACGGGACGUGCUAAGAGACGCGUACAAUACAACAGGAGGUUUGUAACCGUUGUACCAACCUUCGGACGUCGUCGUGGACCAAAUGCUAAUCCUGGCACAUAAUUUUUAUUAAUCAAAUAAUAAACUUUUAUUAAUUAGCUUUAAA